AGGUAUUAGGAAAGAGUGGCAACACUCCCCUAUCAGCUGUUCAGCAAGCAACAAAAUUGUCCGUUUGUUUAUGUUCCUAGUUUUUUGUUUAAUUUUUCUAUUGUCCGGGCAAAAUGACUCUCGAUUUGGAUGCGCAUAAGAAAGAUGACAAGUUGCUGAUCACAACCAUACAGCAGGAGUAUAAAAUUCUGGCCGAAUACAAAAUGAUUGAGUCAGAGAAGUUGAGUGGCAUAUAUGUGAUACCCAGCUAUGCUAACUCCUUGCAGUGGUUUGGAGUCUUCUUUGGCCGACAGGGCUUGUAUGCGGAAAGUGUUUUUCGGUUCACAAUUCUGCUCCCAGAUCGUUUUCCCGACGACAAAAGUCUUCCGACCAUAAUUUUCCAGCAGGAUGUGAUUCAUCCCCAUGUGUGCCCGUACACCCACAGUUUGGACGUGAGCCACGCCUUCCCGGAGUGGCGCUGUGGAGAGGAUCAUCUUUGGCAGCUUUUAAAGUACCUGCAAGUCAUUUUCUCCGAUCCAUUGGACAGUAUUCGGGGCAUUGAAGUAGAUAAGCUCAAGAACAGAGAAGCUGCGGAGCUGCUGAUGAAUAACAAGGAGGAGUAUGUUGCUCGCGUACAGGAAAAUAUCAAGGAGAGCAAGGAGCACAUAUUCGACACCCCGCCCACCGAAGAUCCGCACUACAUAGUAUUCGAGAAAUUCCAACAGGACGUGCACGGGCCCGUUCUGGAGCGCAUCAAGGCCGGAAGAAGCAAGCAGACGGAGCCCUCAGCGCAACAAGGAAAUGGUGGACAUGCAACUGGUCUGUCCUGGGUUAAGGAGGGCGAGUUUAAGCCACUUAGCAUUGAGUAAAAGCAAUAUACAAAUACUCUCCGUUCCCCGUUCCAUCGGAAAUGUGUGGGGGAAGCCUCGCCAGCGGGGAACUCAAAGUGCUGGCUGAGCUCGAUGGCCAGUUUGGAGCGGACUAGGCCUAUUCCGCCCGCCUGUGGCGUCGCUGGAUGAUAGACCCUUCCGUUUCGCGGAUCCAUGUACAGUUUGUGGGGUUCGUAAGGCAGGGUAAGGACCUGUCCCGAGUGCGCAAAGCUCAGCACCUCCGUGUCGUCCUUCCUCAGUUGUUCAGUAA